AUGAACUAUUAUAGAAUAUGGAUAUAUACGUGCAACGCAGUGCUUUUUGUCAGCGUUUUAGGUUUUAUUAUCGUAGCUGGAAAAGUGGUUUUAGUUGACCCUAGAAGCGGCCUUUUGCAAUUAUUGGGUUGCAUCGGAGCACAUAAAUUAAAUGAAAAACUUCUCAACACGUAUUGGUUUCUCCUACUAUUUUUACUUUUUGGCGAUGCGUUUAUCGGAGUCGUUUGGAUUUUUCGUUUUGAUAAAAUUUACACGGAUAUAAGACCCAUACUAAGGCAAAGACUUCAAAUGGAAUAUGGUAUUAAUCAGGAAUUCACCGAGCUUUGGGACACCAUACAAAACGAUUUGCGAUGCUGCGGAGUCGAAGGACCGCAAGAUUUUAACGAAAUUGAUUUAUCAAAAAGAAAGUCUAUAACGAUAGGAAACGAUACGGAAGACCUACAAAAAACAAACAGUUUCGUAGACGAAAGUUUGAAUAGAUUACCGGAAAAUAAACUUUUAGAAAAAAGUGCAAACUUUUUAGUGGAAAGUACAAAAUAUUACACGACCGAUAUUACCGGUUUAGAUGAUAAUUUUACGGACGAUCCUAAUAAUUUUUAUCUCACGACCGCUUCGGCUUCGAACGAAUUAACAACAACAACAACAACAACCAAAGAUUCAAACGCUAAACAAGUACGUCACGUUCCCGAAAGUUGUUGUCGUUUGAUAACAGAAGAAGAACCGGAUAAAAAUACGGAAGAAAAACAAAAAGAACCCCAAAGUAAACCGACCGCCAUUCGACAGAGAUUAGAAAAGAAAAAAAAUAGACAACAGGAAAAUAUAACAUCCAAAAGAAGUCUGACGACGCCCGUUCCCGACGACAUUUGUAACAGUUCGAAAAAUUGUAAAACCUGGAACAAAAGACACGCCAAAGAAAAUAUUCGACAAUUUCGGAGCAGUCAUCUAAGACAAAAUGAAAUCGUAAAUAAAACUCCACAUCAUUUUUCUAUUUCAACAAAUUUCGUCACACAAAGUGAAAAACAAAAUAAAAAUUUUAUACAAUUCAUUAAUAAUAAUAAUAAUAAUAAUAAUAAUAAUUCGACGGGUAGUAAUAUUGAUAUAAUGAACACUUGUGCAAAUAUUAACGGACAUUCUAUAGGGACCGUAUACGGCAUAAGUAAAACGUUACAUUUUUCGGUAGGCUGCGAGGUCAAGCUUAAAGAGUGGAUGCGGGACAGUGCUCAUUUGUUGGGAGUGUUAGGAUAUUGCGUGAUCGCUUUUUUAAAAUUAUGUUUUUUAGGAAUACUUAAAUACGAAAUAAGAGAAAUGAUACAAAAGAUAAAAUUACUGCAAGGAGAACUUCAACCUCCCAUACUUCUUUUAAGCAUGGACAGUCCGGAUGAAAACCCGGAAUCGCAAUCUCCGCAAUCCCCUCACAAUUUAUGCAACCACAUGGACAACGCGAUACAUUUGGGAAAUCCGAACAAAAGCCAAACGAAUUUAUCCACGGACAUUCCCGCGAAAGAAAAACCGGAUCGAAUGAGAGCCAAUUCAUUAGGGAACGCUUUACUCCUUUUACAGCCUCACGAAUCGAGUCAAACGACUCCGGCUCAUCAGAAAAAAAUCAAACACAUGUCUUUACAAAAUCAAAGGCUGUUUUCAAGCACACCCGGAGGAGAUACUGGAAACGAAUCAGACACCAACUCCCAUUGUGCCCUUCUCAUAGACGGUGACGAUGCAUCUCCGAAAAAGAAACAUUCGAGAAUGUCAUCAUCGAACGGCAAUAAUAAUUACGAAUGUCACGAAUUACAGGAUCUACUCGUAAAACGUUCCGCUCAAAUUUGA